CUUUUCUCUACAGUCUACAUGGACCUAGAUCUUUUUAAUAUUUUUUCCUUUCGUGACCCAAAAUAUUCAAUAUUAAGCAAAAUAGUUCAUUAUCUUUCCAAGUUUAGUCUUCCUAGAUUUAUAAGAUCUACAAAUCAUGGCAAACGUGGCUGUGAUUUUGUGGAUGAUCAUCUUGUGCUGCCAAACACACUUUCUGAAAAGCCAAUCUUUACGUCAAAAUCAAACCUGGCCGACAAGAGUCUACCCCGGACAUCUGAGUUUCCCGGACCAUAAAGAUUUGUACUACAUCGGUAGCCAUCUGGACGGAAGGCUGAUCUCUCCAUAUGAUCAGACCUACAUGAACAUGUCCUACUCAAGAAAUAUUCGAAAGACUAAACUACCCGGGCUGAUCAUUUUGCCUUACACAGUGGAAGAUGUGCAGCGUAUGGUCAUCUACGCACGAAGCCACAAUUUGCAUUUGACCGUCCGAUCGUCUGGCCACGAUUACAUCGGCCGCAGUACGCAUGACGGAAGUAUGAACCUCUACUUGACGUCUAUGAACAAAAUACAAGUGAAUCUGAACUCGGCCAGAAAUCCAGCGGGGGAGGUGAAAGUGCAAAGCGGCGCGUCUUGGUUGCAAGUCUAUACAGAGGUGGAUAAGAUCAGGGGGGCGGACGCCACGGGAACACAAACAGUAGGGCGCGUUGUUGUUGGGGGCUCAGCACACACUGUUUGCAUGGGUGGCUACACACAGGGCGGUGGUCACAGCCCCAUUAGUAGGAAGUUUGGGCUGGCAGUGGACAACCUCCUGGAGGCAACCAUCGUGACUGCUGAAGGCAAAAUCCGUGUGUUAAACUUCACCCAAACCCUCACUUACGACUUCGACGGCUCCGUCCACGUGACCAACGACACAGACCUCUUCUGGGCCAUCCGUGGAGGUGGAGGGGGCACCUGGGGUGUGGUGGUGGACUUUACCUUCAAGUUACAUUACCCGCCCGAGAGGUUCCGAAAUGUACUAGCGGUCAUUCCUCUUUUUGACCAAACAGGAAAUGCAAUCAACAAGAAAGCGGUCGAGGAUGUAUUCAGUAUCCUCAACGGUCUAUCUCCCGAAUGGGGUGGCUACAUUUACACAGGCAACGAACCUGUGGCCGGAACACAAUUCGUUGGUAGCCUCAUGAUUUUCAUGAAUCAUUUCGGCUCGAAUUCAUCUGAAUCAAACAACGAGAUAUCAUCAAUCCUUCACCACCCAAGUGUCAUAUACACAGAAGAUCAUUACUAUAAUAGUUUUUUAAACUAUGAGGUGCACGCCGUAGACGCUGAAUACUCAUUAACGUACGUUUUCAACAGUUUGAUCCGGAAGGAAGUCCUGCAUCAGCAGACGUCACGCGCGCAGUUUGUUGACACGCUGCACGAGCUUCUCAAGGACAGCAUCACGUGCAUGAACGUGAUGAUUGGAGGAAACAUGGCAGUCCAGUAUGGAGGUAGCACUCCUGUCCACUCAGGGCUGAGGAACGGAAUCUUCUCUACAUCCUGUGCUAAAUCUUGGCCCAUCAGCGUAGGUUACGCCGACGAGCAAGGUAUAGACACGGCGCUGAGAGGCGCACAGAAACUCUACGCCUAUGGCUACGGCUCCUACAUUAAUGAACCGGCAGAAGAUAUGCCCGACUGGAAGCUAAGGUUCUGGGAAAAUCAGACGACAUAUAACAGGUUGUUGAGUGUCAAAAAGAAGGUGGAUCCUGACAACUUCUUUUGGUGCCACAACUGCGUGGGGUCAGAUCUAGGUCGAGGCUAUGCCCCAGCCAAUAUACAAGGGUUACCUGGCAUGGUCAGUGGAACGUUUCAUCCGGAGGUGGAGUUUGACCAGAUCAUAACGUCAUCGAAUACCCACCCAGUAAACGUCAUUAUUGGAUGACCUAUGUUUUAGUCCAGUUUUAGUCACUAAUAAAUGCAUUUAAAAAAAAAAGAUCUAUCUUUUAU